GGAAACUUUUGGUGACGGUAAUGCAUACAUCACAUCAAAGAAAUCCUUCACAUUUCUGAUGAAAAUCCUGACUUCACUUGUUCCAUUUGAACCAAGUCAUAUCAUCAAGGCUCAUAUUCAGAAAUCACCGCAUGCCAUCGGGAAGUGUCAGGAGCUUGUGUGUGACUACAUUUUACUGGGUAAAACAAGGCUUGCAGAUCUGAAGGAACCUUUGGAACCAGAAGGGAUCUUUGUACAGGGUCAGUCAAGUGAUGGAUCAAAAAUGAAAGCGCUUCAAGAACAAACAGAAUCAGACAUUGAGCAAGCAAUAGCAGCAUUUGAAGUGACCAAUCAGGUUCCACUUAGCAUCAUUGAAGCAAG